AUGUCUCGAUAUUCCGGCCUGAUUCCGUCGGCAAGAGACCACUACGAGCCUAGAGACCGGCGUCGUCGUCGAAAAAAGGACCCAUACCAUUAUAGCGCAGCAUUUAUGCGUGAGGCGAUGGAGCAAACUGAUAAAGAGGAAUCUAUAGCCUGUUCAUUUCUUUUCAGAUCGCUGUUCUGGUUCAUGCCGAUUGCCCUAUCUGGGCUUCUCAUCGCCAUCCUCGUCAUAUACAUCCUAGCUAUUAAAGACGACAAUACCAGCAUCGACCCAGACAGUAUCGAGUUUCAGCUUUAUAAAAACACUCGAUUCAAGGAGUGCUCCAACCAAAGCUUGUCUACCGUCGACUGCACAUUUCUACAGUACGACCUAGCGACAGACAGUCGAGGGUUUACAGACUUUUCACCCAAUCCAAGUGAGAACUACAUGGUCAAGCUGUGGCUGCCGGCGGACCGGUCCGAUUAUGAAGGAGCUCGAUAUACGUGGUGCGAUGUUGCUAGCUGCUUAAGCGACUUUAAGGUGAUACCAUCGACGCCGCGGCCUGCCGCCUUCUACACACUCUCGCUCACGACUACGCUGCUCACCACCAUGACCAUAUGGAGUGCCUCGUGGUGGAUGUUCAAGCUAUUUACCUCCGACCCCGAGGAGUGCGGCCAGGUCGGCAAGAUCUUCUGGGCCUUUGCGAUAUAUGACGCCGUAUCUGUUGCAUUUUGGUGGGUUAGCCUUUUCAUGCAGGCUUCAAACCCCCUACACUUUGCCCCCCUGUCGGUGUUGAACUGGGUCACGGUGUGGCGAUACGCACGCUCCUUACACUUCCACCCCGUGAAGUGCGCCUUUGAACCCGACUCGACGCUGCACCGAGUUUUAAUGUGGGUUCUGUACCUCCUGACGGUGGCUCAAUGGAUCGCCUCCUGUGUUGUUUUCGGGAUAUACUACGGCGACAUUAUGUCCAUGUUUGGGAGGGGCCGCUACGCCCGUUACGAUUGUCACGAGGACAAGAUCGACACUGCUCCUGGCGCUUCGUCAUGUUCUCCGGCCGAGCUGUGCUCUAAAGACUGGCUGCUGGGAGACCCGGGUUUUGAACAGAGUAUCUACUACGGAGACUUACUGGUGGCCAUAUUCUGGAUCUCGACUGUCGUGGCAUUGGCUCCGAUCCUGGGCCUCAUCUUCGAGGGAUUUCGUCGGUUGUAUCGAGAUCGGGAUUUCUUCCCGAGCAACACUUCCAGGUUCCUGAAGAAAUGGAGCAGCAACGCCUCCCUUGAGUUUGCUCUCCUGGGCUUUUUCUUCGCUGUAUUUGUUUUAGAUAUUUUAACGAUUGUUGACGUUUUCCGAGAGAUGGGUGAUAACGAUCGAGCAGGGACAUUCGCGUUUGACUUAUCUUGUCGGGCUGUUCACGUUUCCUUAAGCCCGUGGAAAUAUUUCUUGGAUAUAAAUGAAUAUGGACGAGCGUUUAAGAUAGCAAAAACCUGGUUUAAUAUUUAG